UGCUCUCUGGCUUACACUUCAGACUAGGUCGUUAAUACCAGGUUGUCUGCUGCUGGACAAUAACAAUCCCAUCCAGAGCCAGGGCGACCUUUUCAUCAACGUCAUCCCUUCGAGGAUCUGCCUUCCUACGCGAUGGAUACCAGCGAGGGAGAGCACUACGUCACAUUCUCGCUCGACGACGGUAUACAGAACAACGUUUCGCACGAGGAGAUAUGCGAGCCAAUCGACGAAGAAUGCGUGCUGACAGAGAACAUGACCGAAGUAACAAUGGAGGAGGUGAGCCAGGAGGAUUUGGUCGAGACGCCAAUGGCUGUGGAAAUAAUAACAGAGAAUUCGGAAGAUGGUGAAGAACAGGGUGCCUUCAUUUACAUAAAGAAAGAGGCUUCCCAGCAGUUUACGACGGGCGACGAGUCUAUGGCGGUCGAGGCUCUGCGACAGCUUGGUGGCAUGUAUUGCUUCGAAGAGAAAAAGAUUGCCUGUCCAAGUUGCAAGAAUACCUUUGCCCCUGGAGAAUUGGCCAAGCAUCAGAACUCGUGUUCGUCCACCAAACACAUUUGCACCUUCUGUCGCGAAAAGUUCGAGAGAAAGAUCGAUCUGACCAAUCACAUGGUGUGCCACCAGGUUGACAGACCCCAUGCGUGCAGAACAUGCGGAAAUCUGUUCAAGUCCAAAGCUAGCUUGCAGGCACACAUGUUGGAGGUUCAUCAGGUUGACAGGCCUCACAAGUGCACCGUUUGCGGAGCUGAUUUUCAGAGGCCAUCCAGUUUGUCCAAUCACAUGAAAAUUCACAGCUACGUCGCAGGCAGAGCACUGAUGCAAGCCAAUCACGUCGUUGCCAGUAUUGAAACUGUCAAGGAGGUUUCUGACAAUUACGAUAGUUCUAUUUUGACCACUGUUCAAUCCAUUCAAAACAUUGAUUUGCCUCAGGGUCAAUGGACAGCUGUGCAGAUCGCUACAGAUCAGGGGGACAUUGAGGGCCUUGCUAUACAACAGGACAAAAUUGAUUCUGUGCAAGAGUACGCUGUACUACCCAGUGGAGAAGUUACCCAGCUCACAGAGUAUACUACACAAAAUUCUAUGGAAGAUGAAAAUUUGGAUAACGAGUGUGAAAAGACUUUCAUAAAAAUUGACUUGCCAGGAAAUAAAGGGCACACUUGCAGUAUAUGUGGCGUAUCGUUUGCGCGUGCAGCUUCUUUAACUAUGCAUGUGAAAACUCAUCCAAAAGGUGAAUCUGUUUUGCCAGUCGAAUGCGAAUACUGCGACAAACAAUUUCAAGAUGCCAACUGCUUGGCAAAUCACCAAUCUGGCUGUACAAAGAAAAUAAUGAAGAAUUCAGGGUCUAAGGAGAAAUGGGGCAAGCAUGCGUGCUCAGACUGUGGCAAAACAUUCACGACGAAACAAAAAAUGUUCAGGCAUCAGUGGAUCCACAGGAAAAAAACGUUUUCCUGCGAAGUUUGCGGCUCCCAGUUUGAAAAACAGCCACAACUCGACGCGCACAGGCUAUCUUCUCAUCCGGCGGGCACGCCUUUUACUUGUCAAGAAUGUGGCAAAAGUUUCGUGUCUCGUCAGGGUCUUUGGGAACACGGCAGGACGCACGCGGGCAGUCCGGCCCAUUUUCACUGCGACGUAUGCUCCAAGACCUUCUCUUCGAGGCAAGGGUAUUUAAUACACCACCGGACUCACACUGGGGAACGUCCGUAUGGUUGCAAAUUUUGUUGGAAGGCUUUCAGGGACGGUGGUACGUUGAGGAAACACGAGAGAAUACACACUGGUGAGAGGCCGCACGUUUGUCCACUGUGUCAAAAGUCGUUUAAUCAAAAGGUCGUUUUGCGCGAACACAUCAGGUGGGUUCACGCUGCUGGGAAAAAUGAGCCUGAACUCGCAGGUCCACCUUUUCCGUGUCCGUUGUGUGAAAUCCUCACGCAGGAUCGAGAGGAACUGUGUGCUCAUAUCGUCAAACACUCGGAUCAAAUGAUCGCAGAGGCCAAAGCGAAAUCUAACACUGUGACUGUUAAGGUGAAAUCUCCGCCGAAAAAGAAAAUAAAAAUGUCGGAAGGGAAGCAAAAAAAAGCAGGACAGCCAAAAACAGCGAAAACAAAAACGAAAACUGCGAAAACGAAAGCACAAACAGUGGAAGAGCGAGUUGUUACCGCUGAAGAGCAGCAGGAAGCACUACUUUCCAUCUCCGACCACAUAGAUCCUUCCGCGGAGCCGCAAGAUACUUAUUUUAUUGUAAAAAAUGAGUAUGACAAUGAAGUGUGCAUAAAAGCGUACGCAAAACUAAGCGAUGUUACUCAACUGCAAGGUUCGAGUAGAUCGAUUAAUUUGAUAACGAUUGCAAAUAAGUCUAAUGAGAGCCCAGAAAAAAGUAGGGAGGAAAAUGACGGUGACGUCAACAAUGAGGCUAAUGUAAAUACUAUGCGUUUGAUACCUAUAAGUACAGAAUCAGGGGAAACAGUUUACAUUGCUGAGAAGCAAAAUAACACUUUGCACCUAAUAUCGAAACAAAAUGAAAGUUUACCGGUUUUAGCAUUACCAAAUCCAGAUACUGAUGAAAAUUUUUCCAACGAAAUAUCGAACAUGAGUAACAACGAGUCGUCGAUUGAAAUCAAUAUCAACAAUUUACAAUCAGCACCAGAAGAAAGUGAGGAAGAGCACACGGAAACUAUGAUUAUUGAACCUGUAAUGAUAAUUAAGGAGGAAGUUUCCGGAAAUGAACAGAUGACGAAUGAAAGUGACAGUGAAAAUGAAAGUGAAGAAAUGGUGUGUGGCAUAUGUGGGCAUGAAUUCGGUGAUAAAAAUGUUCUAAUGGAGCAUGUAAAAAUUCACAUAUAAACAAUUAUUAUUAAGUGUAAAAUAGAGUA